AUGGCGCGCGUGGUGCUCCUUGCUGCCUUCAUGGGCUUGGUGUUGGGGGUCCGGGUCCAGCCCGAGGGCGCUGGAGCCAGCCUGGAGGAGCUCAACGCCUCAUCCCUGGAGGAGCAGUGGCUGAGCGGCCACGGGCACAAUCUGAAGUAUGCCGACAUGAAGUGCCUGGCCUGCACAGGGCUCUGGAGCGCCUACGACCCCCGGAACAACGGAGCGCACAACCUCGACAACCCGGUCAACGUCGUGGACAAGUGCUCCGCCUCGUGCUCUCAGGUCCAGGCCCUGACUUCCGGGGACGUCCGCUGCUCCGCCUGCUUGACGCUCUGGAGUGGCUUCGACCCUCGCCAAGGUGGGAGCUACAAUCUGGACAGGCCCGAAGUCGUCCAGGGCAAGUGCCGGCAGUCCUGCUCGAUGGGCACCAUUGCAGAGGAUGAGCGGUGCCUCGCAUGCACCUCGAUGUGGAGCAGCUAUGACCCCCGCAACAAUGGCCAGUACAACCUGGACAAUCCUGGCAAGGUAGCGCAAAAGUGCAGCCACAGUUGCUCCUCCGGUCGGCUCAUGACCUCGCAAGAUGUCCAGUGCUUCGCCUGCCUGACCAUGUGGACCACCUACGACCCGAGAUCCUCCGGCUACAACCUGGACAAUCCUGUGAAGGUGCUGGAGAAGUGCUCGGUCAGCUGCCAACCCUGA